AUGAAGUUCUCCGCCAUCCUCGCUUUCGCCUUAGCCACUUCGGUCCUCGCCCUUCCCUCCCCAUUAGGAAUUAGGGAUGAGCAGCCCGCCGACUGCGGCCUGGGGGCCGACCUCUGUACCGAAGUCAAGUCUUUCGGUCUCGGCUGCUGCCAGAAGAUCGAUGACCUCAUGAUCAUCGUCGCCACAACUGGAGAUAUCUGGUACGGGCUCUGGGAGCAGGAUCACAGCAUUCAGAGCUGGGAGGAGUAUGAGAGGCGCAAGAACCUGCUGGAGAAGUUGAAGGCGCACAAGGCGAGCUCCCAGUAG